AUGGCCAAGUGUCACCAAAACUAUACAGCUCUGCUCCAGGUUCUGCAGAAUGCCGUACGAGACUCUCAUGCUACGAGGGAUUCCCACGUCCUCCGGGACCUGAUCCGGGACCUGUGCCAAGAGAACCCGCUUGAGGAGGGACGGCCUUUGGUCCAACGCCACGAAGGUAUCUACGAGCAAAUUCGCCGCAACCAGGAUAGUCCCCUCCGCCAAUAUCCGACCCUGUCUGGUGAGGAUGUUCAGGCCGCGGCAAAGGCCCAGGGCAUGCUGCAUCUUCAACAGCUGGAUGAGAUUGAAAGCGGUUUCCAGGGUGUCACACUUCCCCCGAGAAGCGCCGACGUAGACGAUAUGCUUGUUUCCCACUGUGAUGUGGAGAUCUCCUUUCCGGGUCAUGGUCAAGACGUAGUCGCACAGGGCCCUCGAAUGUUCCUCGACAUCAAUCCGGCAACUGGCUUUGUGGAGAUGGGCCACAUUGCCGCCACCAGCUAUACUCUCAACUAUCUGCAGACCAUGGCUCUUCAACUCGUUUGUGGGUUUUUGGAUAGGUACACUACCGAUCCGGAUUCAGCGGGUCAACAUCUUCAAUACACCGGCGGCCCAGGUGGUCAACCGCACCUUCUCCAAGUCACCGGCACAUCUGGCAGUGCGGCAGCCCGGAUCGGCGGGACGACGAUCCAUUCGGCCUGCGGGUUGGAUGCCCAUCGCUCCCCAAACAAGCCGCCGCCACCAUUCUCGGAAGCCAAGAAAUGGGCCUGGAAACAAAAGUUGGUGCUCGUGAUCGACGAGGUCAGCAUGCUCGGAGGAACCACCUUAUACGACGUCAGCCGCCACCUCCAGUCGCUCCGCGACUGCUUGGACAAACCGUUUGGCAGCAUACCUGUUAUUCUGCUGAUGGGGGAUUUCCACCAGUUCGCCCCCGUGAGAGAGACCAGCCUUUUGGUCGACAGAAUGCUGGAUGAGGCCCACGCCCCCUUGCGACAAUCGACCAUCUCUCACCACCGCGGCUGUAGCCUGUGGCACAUGUUCAAGACCGUUGUCCUUCUGGAAGAGCAAGUCCGUACACGAGACGAUCCUCAGCUUGGCGCGCUUCUGGAUAGGGUGCGUGCCGGGAUGCAGACACAGCAAGACCUUGUCCUGCUCAACACGAAACUACUUGACCGCUCCCAAAUUACAUUCCAUAGUGGCUUGCGAGCCAUAACACCUCUGAAUCGGAACCGGUGGAGCCUCAACAUGGAAGCCGUCGUGGACUGGGCACGCUUCAACAAGAGGCAUAUAUCCGUCUUCAUCUCGGCGACUCGGCCCACACCUGGCGAAGUGGCACGCUGUCUCGAGAGCUGA